AUGGCAUUUUUUCACAAGCCACCUAUAUUCUGGUUCCCGACGACCGAAAUUCCGGGUUGGCUAUUCUUCGGCAUUUUUGUAGCAUUCGCCUCAGUCCGUGCCAAAGCAGCCUCCGCAGACACUGAUGCCGACGAUGCCUUGUCAGAUUUCACAAACGACCUAUUCACAGAUCUCGGACCUCUUUUGGCUCUGUUUGGUGAGCAAAUGACGAAGCAAUACAUUAGCGAAAGUACGAACUAUUACGACUAUUUCAUCUUUGGCAUGGGCCCCAUUGGUGUUAUCGCGACUAUAGUGUCUACUAUCCGCCUCUGUGGUCCCGCAUCUCUCCGUGCUAUCAUUGGAAGAUCUACAGAGGGCAACAGUGCGAUCGAGGCAAAGCUUUGUACUUCAACAAGUCGUGAUGUAUGCGAGGUUUUCAACAACGGCGGUAUUACUCGUGUCCUGGGCCAACCUAAAAUUCUCGAGCUCAUCCGUACGCCAAAGUACUACCUCCUCUACAUGGAAGCGUAUUCCCAUCGCGAAAUUAAUCGGAAAUCUGGCUUGUAUCUAUUCCGAGAUUUCGUAAAAGACGCCCAACGGGCAUGGAACCCGGAUUCGAAGCUAGAAUGGAGUCUCCCCCUUCUUCAACAGCUCAGUCCGGCUUCACAAAAUCCGCCCAACCUAUCGCUCAACAUUGGUAUCACUCAUUACAAUACAUGGGUCUUUUGUCUUGUUGCCUUGAUUGGGCUAAUUCUCCAAGCCGGCGUGCUUGUGGUUGCCGGCGUGGGCGUUUGGGUCUUGGGUUGGAACCUGAUCGAGGGUACUACAGCAUCGAAGAAUUACGCGCCCACCAUUUUCACUAUUGAUACAGUGUUCAUGUGCGGGGGAAUGUGUGCUUGCAUUGCCAUUAUUGGCCAGGCUACCACAGAAGUCCGGUGCAAACGCGCACCCUCUGUCACUGGCCGCCCCAUUUGA